CGCUGAUCAGAGGGAAAUGCAAGUGCCGGUUCUCUGCUGCCCAGCAGUGCUGCCAGUCAGUGCCACCAGUCAGUGCCCAGUGGUUGUGCCAGUCAGUGCCGCCAGUCAGUGCCCAGCAGUGAUGCCAGUCAGUGCCGUCUAUCAGUACCCAUCAUCAGUGUCACCUAUCAGUGCCGCCUAUCAGUGCUGCAUAUUAUUGCCGCCUAUCCGUGACACCUCAUUAGUGCUGUCUAUCAGUGCCGCCUAUCCGUGCCACCUCAUUAGUACUGCCUAUCAGUGCCCUUUAGUGCUGCCUAUCAGUGCCCAUCAG